AUGAUCUUGGCAAACGCCUUCUGCCUCUUCUUCUUUUUAGACGAAACCCUCCGCUCUUUGGCCAGCCCUUCCUCCCUGCAGGGCUCUGAGCUCCACGGCUGGCGCCCCCCAGUGGACUGUGUCCGGGCCAAUGAGCUGUGUGCGGCUGAAUCCAACUGCAGCUCCAGGUACCGCACCCUUCGGCAGUGCCUGGCAGGCCGGGAUCGAAAUACCAUGCUGGCCAAUAAGGAGUGCCAGGCGGCCCUGGAGGUCUUGCAGGAAAGCCCACUGUAUGACUGUCGCUGCAAGCGGGGCAUGAAGAAGGAGCUGCAGUGUCUGCAGAUCUACUGGAGCAUCCAUCUGGGGCUGACCGAGGGUGGGGAGUUCUACGAAGCUUCCCCCUAUGAGCCAGUGACCUCACGCCUCUCGGACAUCUUCAGGCUUGCUUCAAUCUUCUCAGGGACAGGGGCAGACCCAGUGGUCAGUGCCAAGAGCAAUCACUGCCUGGAUGCCGCCAAGGCCUGCAACCUGAACGACAACUGCAAGAAGCUCCGCUCCUCCUACAUCUCCAUCUGCAACCGUGAGAUCUCGUCCACCGAACGCUGCAACCGCCGCAAGUGCCACAAGGCCCUGCGCCAGUUCUUUGACCGUGUGCCCAGCGAGUAUACCUACCGCAUGCUCUUCUGUUCCUGUCAGGACCAGGCAUGUGCUGAGCGUCGCCGGCAAACCAUUCUGCCCAGCUGCUCCUAUGAGGACAAGGAGAAGCCCAACUGCCUGGACCUGCGCACCCUGUGCCGUAUAGACCACCUGUGCCGGUCCCGCCUGGCAGACUUCCAUGCCAACUGUCGAGCCUCCUACCGGACACUCACCAGCUGCCCUGCAGACAACUAUCAGGCGUGUCUGGGUUCCUAUGCUGGCAUGAUUGGGAUGGGGUUUGAUAUGACGCCCAACUAUGUGGACUCCAGCCCUACUGGCAUCGUUGUGUCUCCCUGGUGCAAUUGUCGUGGUAGUGGGAACCAGGAGGAAGAGUGUGAGAAGUUCCUCAGGGAUUUCACAGAAAACCCAUGCCUCCGGAAUGCCAUUCAGGCCUUUGGCAAUGGCACAGAUGUGAACAUGUCUCCCAAAGGCCCCUCAUUCCCAGCUACCCAGGCCCCUCGGGUGGAGAAGACUCCUUCAUUGCCAGAUGAUCUCAGUGAUAGCACCAGCCUGGGGACCAGUGUCAUCACCACCUGCACAUCUAUCCAGGAGCAAGGGCUGAAGGCCAACAACUCCAAAGAGUUAAGCAUGUGCUUCACAGAGCUCACGACAAACAUCAGUCCAGGGAGUAAAAAGGUGAUCAAACUUUACUCAGGCUCCAGCAGGGCCAGACUGUCGGCUGUCUUGACAGCACUACCGCUCCUGAUGCUGACCUUGGCCUUGUAG